AUGGAAAAGAAUGAUCUCUCCUCUGCAACUCCCGCGGACAGAACCGCCCACCCGAGUUCAAAUCCGGUUUUAAAAACCCCAGCCUCUUCCUCUUUCCAAAAAGUAGUUUGUUUGGGUGAUUGGUGGCUGGUGAAAACUGAAAGCAAUUGCGGGGGGAAGAGAUUAGCUGUUGGAGGGUUGACGAUGAAAUGGCAGCAGGCAGCGAGAGUCUUUCUCUCUUCACCAAUUGUAAAGAGACAUGAUGCCUUCACUCUCGAGACUGCAGAUGGGGUCACGGUUAUGAUUCAGGGUCUCAUAAACAGGUCACGUACCCAUCAAAAUGGGUUUCCUCCUGAGGCUUGCAACAAAUUCCUCACAGGUUUUCCUUAUAACUGGGAAGUUUAUGUCAAUCAAUAUUUUGGGGAAGAACCCACAACUCAAAACAUUCCAGCAAGUGCCUCUUGUUUUGCUGAGCAACAAAGGUCUUCGGUUAACGAUGCAUGCUCUGUUGCACGAAGGUACUUUGAUGAAAUCCCAAUGAGCGGAAUACUUGAAUAUCUAAUUUCUACCCAUGGUAAUUCUGACAAAGGUAAGAUUAGUAGUCUGUUUGCUGAGAUACUUGAAAACUGCACUGGUGAUGCUUCAAAAAAUCCCAUGAUGCAAAAUGACUCACAUAUAGAAAUCAGUACAUCUCGGAUGGGGGCUAGCUCACUAAAAGAAACCUCAAGUAUGACUGAGACAACCAAGAGUCACCCGAAACAUGAUAACAGUACUGCCACAGGUUUUGUUGCUCCAGUGGAUGAUGACUAUGGUGAUUAUGUGAGUAAUUUUGCUGAAGAAAGAGAAGGCAAAAAUGAUAAAGAUACGAAGAAUGGCGGACCAGAAACAAGUAGAAAGGUAUUGUCAUUGGAGGAACUAGGCAACAUAAAUCAUGGAAGUCGUGCUGAACUGAAAAAUGAUGUCCUAAGCAGAAGUGCACUGAUGGAGAAUUCAGAAAGUACCAGUACUGAUGCCCCGGAGCAGGUGAAUCAAGUGCAAACAGGUGUUGAUGUGAGAAACACUAUUCCAUAUGAGAAACUGCACAUUCGUAAGGAAAGUCCAAGCAAGGUUGAACUCAGAAGAUCAAGUCAUAGAUUGAAAUAUUUAAAGAACAAUCUGAAAGGGGGACAAACAACAGAAGGUAGUGCUGGUAUUGAAAAGACUGUAGCUCACACAAUAUCAUUGCCUGCAGUAAGCAAUGUUGAUAUGAAGAAUGGCGGACCAGAAGAAAGUAGAAAGGCAUUGUCAUCAGAGGAACUAGGCAACAUAAAUCAUGGAAGUUGUGCUGAACUGAAAAAUGAUGUCCUAAGCAGAAGUGCACUGAUGGAGAAUUCGGAAAGUCCCGGUAAUGAUGCCCCAGAGCAGGUGAAUCAAGUGCAAACAGGUGUUGAUGUGAGAAACACUAUUCCAUAUGAGAAACUGCACAUUUGUAAGGAAAGUCCAAGCAAGGUUGAACUCAGAAGAUCAAGUCAUAGAUUGAAAUAUUUAAAGAACAAUCUGAAAGAGGGACAAACAACAGAAGGUAGUGCUGGUAUUGAAAAGAAUGUAGCUCACACAAUAUCAAUGUCUGCAGUAAGCAAUGUUGAUACGAAGAAUGGCGAACCAGAAGAAAGUAGAAAGGCAUUGUCAUCAGAGGAACUAGGCAACAUAAAUCAUGGAAGUUGUGCUGAACCGAAAAAUGAUGUCCUAAGCAGGAGUGCAGUGAUGGAGAUUUCAGAAAGUCCUGGUAAUGAUGCCCCGGAGGAGGUGAAUCAAGUGCAAACAGGUGUUGAUGCAAGAAACACUAUUCCAUAUGAGAAACUGCACAUUUAUAAGGAAAGUCCAAGCAAUGUUGAACUCAGAAGAUCAAGUCAUAGAUUGAAGUAUUUAAAGAACAAUCUGAAAGGGGGACAAACAACAAAAGGUAGUGCUGGUAUUGAAAAGAAUGUAGCUCACACAAUAUCAUUGCCUGCAGUAAGCAAUGUUGGCCCUGAAUUGAGGGAAGAUUUUUUCACAAUAGAAGGGGGAGAUGAUCGGCAUCUAGAAUGUGCCAAGGAGCCUGAAAGAAGCUUCUUUUCAGGGCCAUCUGGGCGGUGCAGUAGUGUUGCAAAAAAUGUGAAAGGGUUAAUGAAAUCAAAGAAAAAUGCUAUUCCAUUUGAGGAGGAAAUGGACACUUCUAACGUCAUUCCGACCAAUGCUGAUCCUAGAAGAUCAAGUACUAUGUUAAAUAAAUCAAUGAGCAAUCUGGAGGACUUGGCAAGCAAUGUGAUAAAAACUGCUGAACACAGGUCACAUGGAAGUUCAUUGGACGUAGCUAAAGAUGGUCUUGAAGAAGCAAGUAACUCCAACAUUUCAGCGAAGGUGCAAGAAAGCAAUGAUAAAGCAAAACGAAGGCCUAGGAAGUACAAAAAGACAAUAGUGGUAAAUCAACCCAUAAUCACCCGGGACAGGGCAAAGAAAUUAUCGAUUGUCUCACCAGAAUCACUGAAUAUCAAAAGAUCAAGAUCAGGGCGACUACUUCUUCCUGUACUAGCUAACUGGCGGAAUGAGCAACCAAUUUAUGAUCUGGAUGGUGCUAUUACUGGAAUCACCUUGGACAUUGACCGUGCAAUGCCCCCUACAGGUAGUAAAUCAGAGCCAGCAAAAAAGAGAAAGAAGCACAAACGAGUUCCGUAUGUCACAAGAGAUGUGUAAAUGGUCGCAACGUGAAGAUUUGGUGGUUGUAGAUUUCUAUAUUGCUAAACUAUUAGUAUUUUCAGCUAGUAGUUUGACAGGGUCCAGCUUUCAGUAAAACAGGAGAGCAGUUUCUUUUUGGACUUGAAAGGUCUUAGUUUGGCUCUUUGGAGGUAUGUAUUAUAUUGAGUGGAAGUUGUGUUUCACUUCAGAAAUGUCUAGUUUGGCCAUCUGAAGUUAUAGGUAAAAGAGAAAUGAUUUAAUGGGCUGAGUGUAUGGAAACCUUCCUGUGCUUGUUGGCAUGCACAUAUGCUCUCUGAACUGACCAUUAGGUCCAGUCGUAAAGAUUAUAGCAAAGGAUGGUCCUAGACAUCUGCGAUUGGAUCAAUCUUCUAUGAUCUA